AUGUCCAUGCUUGUUAACAAAGAAGCUACUUCUCUCAAUGAUACAAAAGGAAGAACAUUUUCUCUCGCUUUCUUUCCGGAAUACAUCGAUGAUCCAAUAGAUGGCCCUAAAAACAUUCUAUACUUCUCAUCCCCCCGUGAUGGUAUUUGUACUGUGGACUACAAUGACGGCACAAGACGUCAGACAAGUGUGAAUGUUGUCGCCAACGAUGUAGUUAAACUGGCUUUAUCUGACGCAACACAACUACCAACUGGAACAAGAAUAGAACCAAAGGCCAUUUAUGUGAACUGUACAACAGCAAUAGCUCUUUAUGGACACAAUAAGUUCCAAACGAGAGUGGAGACAUCAGACUCUUUCACAGUUCUUCCCGAUGAUACGUUGUCAACGGAUUAUUUUGUUGCCAGUGUCGAGCAAACUGCAAAUGUCGGCGUUGUGGCUACUCAGGACAACACUAACGUUUCCGUGGUCCUUAAUGCAACAUGUCAAUAUGUAUUUAACGGUGUCCGAUACACAGAUGGAGACAAUGUUAAUGUCACACUGGGUUAUGGAGACGUUUUUCAGUUAGGCUUAGCAUUAUCUAAUAACUCUAUGUGUGACUUAGGGGGAACCCGAAUCCGUUCUAAUCAUCAGGUCGCAGUGUUUUCAGGUGCUUUGUAUCUCACAGCGCCUACCUGUGAUGCAACUCUUUAUGGUCAACAUCUGGUUAGACAGGUUCCCCCAGAGAGCGCAUUCUCAAACACUCAAAUUAUUCCCAAAGUAGCGUCGAGUGAUCUGGGAGCAAUGACGUUUCGUGUAUUGGCAAAGUAUGACAAUACAAUCGUGAAUAUAACAAAGGAAGAAACAAGUGGAAAUAUAAUAGCAUGGUCUACAUCACUGAAUUCCACCGAGUUCAAACAAUACUGUUCCCUAUCGAGCGCCAACUUCAUCAUACAGAGCACUCGACCAGUAAUGAGUACCGAGAGCAUUUACAUCAAAGAAUUCGGAGGCACCUCGUUGUUUGUGCCAGGAACGGCUCUUUAUGACAACAACUACAUUGUAAAGAGCUUAGAUUUGGAUGGGGUGAACACAGAGAGUCCAAUGAUUACUAUUGUAUCUGAGGUGUCAUCAUUCAUGGAUGUCCGUGUAAAUGGCCAGCAUCGACAUGAUAUCCAGUGGACUAACCUCACAACGAUACCUUACACUGUCGGGGAACUACAGAUAAACACUCAACAACCAUAUGUUGUCAACAGUUCAUCGCCAAUUCUAGUCAGGCUUCACGAAACUUUUGAGCGGGAGUCAUACAACUACAACGCAGGAUACCGUCUUCCGUCACUGGCAGAAACAUUGGAUGGUGCUGUCACUCUUAAAUGCCUACCCAGCGGCUGGUUCAUUACCAUAGACUUCAUAGAAUCGAACCUCGAUAUCAGUCUCCUCCCCCACAUCUACAUGACCAAGGACACGUGUGUCGGAACGAUGCAGGGAGAGCAGCUCAUAUUCAACAUGUCUUACAACGACUGCCACACACAAACAAGUGUAUCCAAAGGAAUGGUUACGUUUAAGAAUACAUUGGCGUAUGCACUACCAUGGACCGAUCAUUUGGUUCGAGAUAUCAUCUGGGUUCAUGAUGUCAGCUGCUCUGAACCAGUGGAUGGGACGGACUCUGUUCACCUUUACCCCGAUUUAAAUACAACUGCACAUGGCUCAACAUCUGGACAGGUGCAAGGAUCCAGCGUCCAUAUAUCCCUGUACCAAGAUGCAUCAUAUAUGCACCUUUUGAAGGGCAAUCUGAUUCACACUAAGAUUGGAGCACCUGUGUAUGUUCAAGUUGCCUCGACAGGGACUUCCAAUACAAUAAUGGCGUUACGAUCAUGUGACGCCCACCUUGACAGUGUUCCGGGGAAACAAGCGUCUUAUCCUCUCAUUGCAGAUGGGUGUGCCGUGGCUGCUCGUACUCAGAUCCUCGUGACGAGAAACUCCGUGACCAGGUUUAAGUUUGACAUGUUUGACAUCCCCAAUGAACAGGACGGCAUCUACGUCACUUGUCACGUGACAUUCUGUGAGCAGAUGGACUUCUCCGACAAGUGUCAACAGCAGUGUCACUCAAGUCCAAACAUAAUUGGCUAAUAUCUGUAAUGCAAACCAAAAACGAUGAUGGUUCGUCACACAGAUUUGAAACGGAUUCUGUUGAUUAAUAAAAAGGUCAUUUGUC